GGCUCACGUUUCUUUACGCAACUCUAGCCGGUUGAAUAGUUUUGUAAAUAAGCUGUUUUAGGAGUUUUCAACCAGCGGUCAUCCAAAGAGGAGAUGAAUUACGAAUUUGGCCGAGAAAGUGGUUUUAUCAACAGCCAGCCGUCGCUCGCUGAGUGCCUGACAUCUUUCACCAAUCCUGCUUUUCAAAGUUCAUCAAUCAAGAGUUCUGCGCUCCCGCCUCCGACGCCGCACGCUGUCCCGGGUGUCCCCCCUCACCGAGGCCGCUCCACGCCGCCUCUGAGGGGCGGCAGCCCGCUGAAGGCUGUGUCUCCACGCGCGGAGUACCCGUGGAUGAAGGAGAAGAAAGGCACCAAGAGGAGGCGGGCUGCUGCUCCUGCUUCCUCUGAUGAUGCUGCGCCGACAACGGAUGACUCCUCACCACCCUACUGUUCCCCCCAAGGUUCUCCGGAGAGUGCUGACGGGAGCGCGUCCAAGAGACUGAGGACUGCGUACACCAACACCCAACUCCUCGAGCUGGAGAAGGAAUUUCAUUUUAAUAAGUAUCUUUGCAGACCCAGGCGAGUGGAGAUCGCUGCACUGUUGGAUUUAUCAGAGAACCAGGUGAAGGUGUGGUUCCAGAACAGGCGGAUGAAGCACAAAAAGCAGAGUCACUGCAAGGAGAGUCGGGACAGAGAGGGGAAAAACGCGUGCGUAAAAGACGUGCCGGAGUCCCAGCAGGCUGCAGGCGGGUCGCUCUCCGACCAAAACACACCGACUUCACCGCGCAGCCACAACGGACACAGAGGGGAGAACCAAGACCCAGCUGCCUCCCCGGUGAGCAGCCAUGAGAAACAUCCAGAACCUUUUCCAACACCCACAGCUCCCGCCUGCGCGUCAACAAAGGGCCCCGACAAUGAUGACUCCUCCACCCUGGACGACGGGUCCCUGCAGGCAUUCCAACCUUUCUCCGCAUCUUCUUCCUUCUCACCAAGUUUGUCGGAUUCAGCCCAGAGUCCUCUUCGUUUACCAGCGGAAGUGUUCGACUUUUUCAGGGAAACUUUCUCAACUAUGGACCUGCAAAACCUCAUUUACUGAGAGACGUUUGUUGCCUGCAUGUGUUCGGUUUUUAGAGUUGUGUUUGCAAAAAAAGACAUGUCCAGAGGUAAGUUUAAGUUAAAUAAGCUUUUAUUGCAGACCUUAAAAGAACCUAAUAUUUGUAUUUUUAUAUACAUAAAACAGAGUAAAUAUUUUUAUUGUAAUAAAGAUUUGCAACAAUUGAAUGAGCUUGUCUUAUUUAUGUUUAGAGUUUUAAGUUCUGAACAAUAACUCAAUGUUGGAUUUAACUCCUUA